CUGCCCUCUCCGUCACGUCCUGUACCUGUCAUUUCCGGAGAUGAAAGAACACUGCACAUCCAAUGGAUUAAUAAAUGACAGUAGCUGCUAAUCAUUUCAACCCCUAAAAAACGAUUUGAUUAUCAAAACGGAUAUUCGUGACGCUUGUUUUUGUGUUUGUUCCCAGGCUAUAUAUUUGCGUCGGUGUCCACAAAUGACUGUCCUCCUAAAAUUUGUGUUUUCAGUUCUGAAUAACUAGCUAGCUAGUUUGCUAGCUACCCAAUGCUAGCUGCUUAGCUGAUACAUUUCUGUGACCUAAUUUAGCUAACGUUAGCUGGCUACUUAGCGAUACAAAAUGUGUUGAAAAUUAAGCUUUGAUUUGGUUUCUGUGGUUAAAAAGAAUAUUGUUUUUGUGUGUCGUCAUUAGCAUUGCCGGGAUGUGUUUACUUAUUCCUUUGCAGGCACGACUUCACGCUUUGAAUCAUUUUGCUGUACUAACGUUAGCAGUAGAAGGUCAAUAUUGUUGAUGCCAGCUACAGCUAACUAUAGUGGAAUACUUCUCAACAAACCGUUAGGCCUAUGCGCAAUGAGAUGUAAAGCUACUGUUAGGCUAUUCGAUAUGAGAUGUAAACAGAGUGGGGGCUUCAGCUAUCCAGAUUCACAGUUGUUCAUUAGUUAGCUAGCUAGUCAUUAGCUAACAGGAAAAGUAGCCAUACCCAGUGUUGGCUGAAGUUAACCUUACUCGAACACUUGAAAACACCUCAAUAAUAACAAUACUUGGAAUAUGGAUUUCAUGUGGACUUCAGCCAUACUACAAAAUCACCUGAUUCUACUUUCAAAAUAACAUUUUCAGACGACCGUCUUAAUUUCAGAUUUUUGCUGACAGGAAAACUUUCAUGUUUUGUUUUGGAGAGUAGGGGUUGUCUUUGGAUCAAUUGUUUUUUGCAUGUGUUCUAGUUUAAUAUUUUUACAAAUAGUAUCCUCUCACAGUAGAAAAUGAAUGGCCUAUCUGUCAGUGAGCUAUGCUGCCUGUUCUGCUGCCCUCCCUGUCCGAGCCGUAUUGCCGCCAAGCUUGCCUUCCUGCCUCCUGAGCCUACAUAUUCCCUCUUGCCGGACCUCGAUGGGUCUGCGGCCCCAGGGACAGCAGGAUCAGCGGGGCUGAGAUCCAGGGGAGGGGUACCUGGAGCAGCUGUAGGGGGUUCAGGCAGCAAUGGUCCUGCAGAGGGCAAAUGGAAGCUCCACCUGACAGAGCGAGCUGAGUUUCAGUACUCCCAGAGAGAGCUGGAUGCUACAGAGGUGUUCUUCACCCGCUCCAGCCGUGGCAAUCGAGUGGGCUGCAUGUACAUCCGCUGUGCGCCCACCGCCAGGUUUACAGUGCUGUUCUCCCAUGGUAACGCGGUGGACUUGGGCCAGAUGAGCAGCUUCUAUAUCGGCCUGGGCACACGCAUCAACUGCAACAUCUUCUCCUACGACUACUCCGGCUACGGUGUCAGCACAGGCAAGCCUUCCGAGAAGAACCUCUACGCUGACAUUGAAGCUGCCUGGCAGGCCCUGCGCACACGAUAUGGCAUCAGCCCAGAGAACAUAAUCCUGUAUGGGCAAAGCAUUGGCACCGUUCCCACGGUUGACCUGGCAUCACGGUAUGAGUGUGCUGCUGUGGUGCUCCACUCCCCUCUCACCUCUGGCAUGCGGGUGGCCUUCCCAGACACCAAGAAGACAUACUGCUUUGAUGCUUUUCCCAACAUUGAGAAGGUGUCUAAGAUCACGUCACCGGUGCUGAUCAUCCACGGGACUGAGGACGAGGUGAUCGACUUCUCCCACGGUCUGGCUCUGUUCGAGCGCUGUCCCAAGGCCGUGGAGCCACUUUGGGUGGAGGGGGCAGGACACAACGACAUCGAACUGUACAGCCAGUACCUGGAGCGCCUGCGCCGCUUCAUUGGCCAGGAGCUGGCCGCACAGCACGCCUGAACACCCCCACACCGCCUCCAGGCUCCAACACUCCUCUGGCUCUCCUCUGUUCCCCUGGCUCUCCUCUGUUCCCCUGGGUCUCCUCUGUUCCCCUGGGUCUCCUCUGUUCCCCUGGGUCUCCUCUGUUCCCCUGGGUCUCCUCUGUUCCCCUGGGUCUCCUCUGUUCCCCUGGGUCUCCUCUGUUCCCCUGGGUCUCCUCUGUUCCCCUGGGUCUCCUCUGUUCCCCUGGGUCUCCUCUGUUCCCCUGGGUCUCCUCUGUUCCCCUGGGUCUAAGUGGGUCAGGAGGAGUGGAUGGCUGGGCUCUCAGAAUGAAUGAUCCUUCACCUUUUGGGGCGGCUUUGUCUGGAUGUGCGGCAGCCCUGUCUUUUAGUUGUUUUCCUAUUUUUCUGUCUCUGUUACCUGUCAUUAAUCCUGGUCAGAGAAUCUAUUCCACCUCCCGCCCCUUGGACAGUGCAAGAAUGCACCCAGGCAUGGAGGACUCUACCUUCUGCCUGUUUUAUUUCUAUCUGUCUAAAGCCCCUCUCUAAUACCCCAGGCAUGGAGGGCUCUCUACCUUCUGCCUGUUUUAUUUCUAUCUGUCUAAAGCCCCUCUCUAAUAUCCCAGGCAUGGAGGGCUCUCUACCUUCUGCCUGUUUUAUUUCUAUCUGUCUAAAGCCCCUCUCUAUUACCCCAAGCAAAAACAACCUUAAACAGGUUAGGUGUUCUAAACACAUGUACUGUAUAUCAUCUUCUGAGACGUUUACACAUGAUUCAAUUUUAACUAACAACCCUAACAUGGGCAAAUCAUUGAGUAAUGAAAGUCUGUUUUGAGCACUGACAUUUUGGUAUUUAAUUUGAAUGGGGAAUGUGUGUAUUUCUCUUUUCUAACACAACGAUGACACUGAGCCACUACUUUACAAAUCCUGUGGUGUUGACGUAUGAGUAUAACUGUCCUAUUUGAAAGCAGGUUUGUUGCUAAGGUUUCUUGUGGAGUCUUUUUUCUUUGCUCUUCUCUUUCUCUCCUGUCUCAUCCUCUCUUCAUCUGUCUCAUUUACAAUUAAGCUGUCAGAUUAAUAGUCCAUGUCUAUGAAUAAUUUCUUUCAUAGACAAAUCUUACGUUUUUAUAAUUAUUAAGCAUGGUUUAAUUCUAAUCUAAAAAGUGAUUAGAGCAUAAGUAAUUUUUAAAAAGUUGCUGAAUAUUGCUUUGUCUAAAGUCCAAAAUCUCUCUGCCAAAUUAAUUGUUUCAAAAGCAUCAUUAAGUCGCUAACAUCUCUAAGACGUGAUUGAUUUCUAACUCUGCAACCAUUCUCAUGUUUCACUACCUGAUUCAUAUUCUACAGUAGUUGUACUACAAUUGAUGUUAUGAACAUGUGAGUUUACCUUUAGAACACAAACUAAGUCCUGCCAUGUUCUCUGAGUUAAGGAGGCAUUAGUUGGCCUUUACUCACACAGAACUCAAUUCACAUCUUACUGGGUUUCUAUAUGGGAUGUUUUCCAAUGGAUUUUUAAAAUCUUUGUAAGUGAUUUAGAGUUGUACAUAUUCAAUUUCACUUGAGUUAUUUAAUUCCUCUAAAAACACAAAAUCAUUGUAAAUUACUAGGCUUAUGCUGGUAAUGGCCAUUCGCAUAGUAAAUUGGGUCAGGUCAGUUGAGAUUAAGCUGGUUAGGAUGGAUUAAGUAUUAACUGAACUUGCUGCUAAAGAUGAGGAUAAAUGGAUUGAAAAGGGUCAAACCCUCCACAUCCAUUGUAUAAAUUAAUGCUGCUUAGUUUGAGGGGAAAUGUAACAGUCAUACAUGUUAUUUUACGCUGUACAGUGGAAUGGAUCCAGUGAUGUACAGUACUCUUUGCUGGUGUCAUGUUGCAUGUUUGAUUGGUUGCUCUUUUGCUUCAUGUUAGGGGUAAUAACACUUCGUUAUAACACUAGUAGAGCUAUGGAAUAAGAUGUGCUCUAAUUUAUUAUUCACUAGCAGGCUCCCUUUUCAGCUCCAACUAGCCCUUUUCACUGACUUCCUACUGUUGCCACUCUAUUUCAGACAGACUUAAGAUUCCACAAUUUCUGACCGACUGUGUGAAAGUCGACCGAAUGCCCAACUUCCCUGGCAUACAGGGUCCACCACCACUCACAAGACAGUGGAGGUCCUUUGUUUGGGUUGGGUUUUGGGGGAGUCAGGAUUACUUGUACACAGCAAUCAAAUUUUAACAGUAAAUGUUCUGUCUUGAACAAAGCAUACCUCUUAUAUUGUUAUGUUCAUCAGAACCAAAAAAAGUCCAUCACCCAUAGGACAUGGGUUUAUUGUCCAUCACCACAUAAACAGUUAGGGAACAAAAGUUGUGCGCCCUGAAUCAGCCAGGAUAUGCUCUUUGUUCAAGCUGCUAAUAGUUUGGUUUGGGACAGCUUAAGCGUGUUUACUCUCUAUGGACGAUUGUAUGGAGAAUACAAGCAAUACAGCAGAUUUGUGUGUGUCUGGGUGGCCUGAGAGAGGAUUGUGUGUAGCGGAUGAUGGACUGGACUUCGAGUGUGAGGAGUUCCAGACACACAUUCAGAGCUUUUGUUUAAAGAAACUAAGUUAUAGAAAUGUAUUUUUUAUUCAAAUGUGUUUACUAUAUUACAUUGUUUGCAGAUUGUUUAUUUUUUUGCUGAGGGUUAAGGAUCCAAGUGGAUGAUGGGGGUUGGUAUGUUAUUGUAUCCAGUUAUGCAUUGUUUAUUAUUUACAACUUUGUUAUAUUUAGUUUAAAAUGUUUUCCUCACCCCCCCCACCUCCCCAAAAAAACAUCUUCGAAAAUAAAAUAAUGAAUUGAUCAAAUUUGA